AUGAGGCUGUGUGGCCGAGGCCUGGGGAAGGCGGCAAGCGUGCCCGACGGGCUGAAGACCCAGGUCUCUGGCGAGGGGUCGCAGGGAAAGUACACCCUCACUCUGCACAACUUCCGCGAGGAGAACCAAGGCUACUAUUUCUGCGCCACCCUGAGCAACUCGAUGCUGUACUUCAGCCCCUUCGUGGCCGUCUUCCUGCCAGACUUCAACGUGACCCUCGCGUCCAGCUGGUUCCGAAUGUCGCGGGAGGAGAAGGUGGUGACCCUGGGCGGGUCUGUGAAGCUGAGCUGCGAGUUGCUGCAGGACAUGACCCCGAGGGGCCUGCACUUCCCCUGUGUCAUCUACAUCUGGGCGCCUCUGGCCGGGGCCUGCGCGGUGCUUCUCCUGUCUCUGAUCAUCACAGUCAUCUGCAUCCACAGGAACCGAAGACGCGUUUGCAAAUGUCCCAGGCCCCUGGUCAGGCCCGGAGUUAAGCCCAGCCCUGCAGAGAGAUACGUCUAA